AUGAGUUCAACAAGCAAAGCGUGGAUGGUGGCGGCAAGCAUUGGGGCAGUGGAGUCACUGAAAGACCAACUGGGUUUCUGCAGAUGGAACUACAUCAUCCGAUCAGCCCAUCACUACGCCAAGUCCAACGUCAGAUCCAUCUCUCAGGCAACGACCCUGGCUCCAGCUUCCUCUGCCGCCAUGACUUCCGGCAAGUUGAAGCAGGCUCAAAAUUCUGAAGAGUCUCUUAGGAAAGUCAUGUACUUGAGCUGUUGGGGUCCUUACUCAUGA